GUGUGACAAGUAUGCUGACUAAUUGUUCGGAUGAUUGACAAAUCUUAUUGCAAAUCAGAUAGAAUAUUGAAGCAGGUUUUAUAGAGAGAAACAGUGGGACGUUGCCAGAAAUAUAUAAAGUCUGAAAAAAGGAUUUAUGCGCUAUGAGAAUCAAAAUUCAAUUCUGAAUUCCUCAUAGAUACCAACCGAGUUCUUGUUAUAUGCAACUGUUAAAGAUGUUAAAGUUAGCAAAUGUGUUAAGAAGGAACUGGUUCAUUUUUUGUAUUUGCCUUGCCGUUACUUUUGCUUGGAUCAAUCCUCAAAUUGGAUCCAAAGGAGGAUAUUUAAAGCCAGAAAUCACAGUAAAAUAUGUUUUAGUUGUGACAAUAUUUUUAAUCAGUGGCCUUUCAUUAAAGACUGAGGAUUGGAAAAGAACAAUUAUGCAAUAUAACAUUCAUAUAUUUAUUCAAAGUUUUACUCUGGUUUUGGUACCACUUCUUAUUCAAAUUCUUGUUAUAAUUUUAAAAGAAGUUGGGCUUAAUAAAGGAAUUGCUAGUGGGUUUUCAGUUGUUGGUUGUAUGCCACCUCCGGUAUCAUCAGCAGUUAUUCUCACAAAAGCUGCAGGAGGAAAUGAGGCUGUAGCAGUUUUCAACUCUGUUCUUGGUAGCUUCUUGGGUAUAAUAGUAACUCCACUUUUGAUAUUGCUAACAGUUGGUUCCUCUGCUUUGAUACCUGUGAGAUCAACAAUUUUGCAAUUAUUUUGGACCAUAAUAUUUCCUUUGAUUAUUGGGCAAAGUUUACGUUAUUGUUUUGUUGCUUGGAUCAAUAGAAACCAAGUUAAAUUAAAUACAGUUGGAAGUUGCAUGCUCCUUUUGAUAAUUUAUACUACAUUUUGUGAUAUGUUUAUUCAAGAAGAAACUGAAAUAAAAUUCUCUACAUUUGUAAUUACUGGUGUAAUUGUAAUUAUUCUUCAAGCAAGCCUCAUGUAUCUUGUAUUAAACAUAUCUUCUAUGGUGAAUGACUGCAGUCCUUCAGAAACAAUUGCUAUUUUGUUUUGUGCAACUCAUAAGUCUUUAACUUUAGGAAUUCCUAUAUUAAAAGUUCUCUAUAAUGAAGAUCCACAAUUGGCAGAAAUAAGUUUCCCUCUGCUGGUAUAUCAUCCUACGCAGAUACUUUUUGGAAGCUUGUUGAUUCCAAGACUUAGAAAAUGGAUUAAACUUGAAUGGUAUAAAAUGCAAGAUGUUUAAAAAUUGAAAAAAUUUACAGAUAUAAUUUGACAUAUUCAUCUCAAAUAACUCAUCAGAAAAAUCAAUUGUGAUAAAAUACUUCUUAUAUAAGCAAAUUUUUUAAAAAGAAAAAAGAAAUUAUUUUUUAAAAAAUAUAUAUAUAUAUAAUUUCCGAAUUAAUGACUUAAAAAUAAAAUAUUAUAAGAUAUAUUUGAAGGGAACAUUUUUUGAUAAUCUUAUCAAAUUUCAAAUGAUUUUUACAUGAAAAUUAGAUGGAGAAAAUGCAAUUUCGAUAUGUGCCAAAAUGAUAAAGAUGUAUCAUUUUAACUUAAAUUACUGUUGAAAGCCAAUUCAAUCCAAAAAUUUAUUGGAUUCUGGUUUUUAAGUCUAAGAAAGAUUUGGAUUGAUAGACAAAAAAAUCAGAAUCCAAUAAAUUUGUGAAAAUUAUUUAGAUUUUAAAUUUUUUAUUGAUUCAGUAUAUUGAUUGAUACAUGUAAAUUAUUCUGAGUAGAUGAAUGCUUGUUCUGAAGUCAGGAAUAAGAUUUGCAGAUAUUAUUAAUAAAUUAAUAAUUUAGAUCAAAGUUAGAAUAUACCAUAUUUUUAUUAAAAAAUAGAUAAUAGUUUUUAAUAAUGAAUUAGUGUUCAUAUUUUUGUUAUUUAUAUCAAAGUUUUGAUAGAUAUGUUUCAUUUCAACAGUGAAGCAAACUGCUUUGUUUUUGUUAUUUCAUCUAUAAUUAUCCACAAAAGUUUGCUAAUGACAUAGGUUAGUGAUAGUUUUACAUAUACAUUUAGUUAGAUUAAAUUAUUUCUUAUCUAAGUAACUUUUGUGUAUUUUUUUAUAUUGAAUAUUUUGACCAAAUAAUAUUUGUUUCUUGGAAAAAAAUUGAUAAUCUAGUCUGUGAUAUCAUCCCAUCAAAAAUGAUUAUUAUUAUUUACUUACAUUUACAGUUUUUAAAUAAAACUACUUUCGGUCCAUUUAUAUUUGUCAAAAAAAAUUUUAUUGAAAAACUGGAAUAACUUACACAAAGCACAAGUUAAUAAUACAACCUAAAUUAUUUAUAAAACAUUCCAAUAUCAUCGAUUCCAAUAAAAGUUGAAUUUUGCUUGAUGAUACUGUGUUUAAUCUGAUUUAAUUUUUGUUGAACUUUAAUUUAGAUUUGCUUUCAUCUGUCCUUACUUCAGUUAUCACAUCAUUAAGAAUAUCUUAUUAAAAGCAUCAUAUUAUUAAAAAUAUUGCUAUCUUUAGGCACAUUGUGUCUCUGUUUGGAUUAAAAUAUACUAUGUAGUUUUUUCAAUGAUUGACAGCAAAUGAGAUCAUUGGAUUAACUUUUGAGGUAAUUUGAAAACUUGUUGCUUGAAAGUAUCAUUUGAUUAUUACAGUAGAGUCCCACAAACUCAACUUAAAGUGGACUGAGAAGGUGAUGAGUUACUGAAAAUGACAAGUUUUAUGGCAUAGCGAUGAGUUUAGUCUAAAUAGUGGAAUUUUCAUAAAGGUAUUAUAUGUGCAAAAUCACAUAUGUAUUAACUAUGAUCAAAUAGUGACUAUUUCUAUUUGUAGUUAAAUUUUAAUUAAAAAAAAAAAUUAUUGGCUAUUCAGUGGCUUCUUUUGUGUUAGUGACAUUUGUAUCAUAGCAUUUUGCAGUGGCACCUUGGAUAAAGGGUUAUAUUCUUUGUUAACAUGUGGAAUUGAUGCUAUUAUCAAGUGUUGCUGGUGAAGAACAAUAACUUAUUUGAUUCUAGUGUUAAGUUAUAGAAGUAAAAAUUAGAUUGCAUUUUUUUCUCUGAAUGGUGCAUUGAAUUUUACAGAAUGUCAUAUUAUAAAGAGUCGGGUUUCCAAGACUCUACUGUAUAAUAAUUCAGGAUUAGUUGUCUAUAUUUAAAUAUUGAGAAUACAAUGAAACGUAAAUGAAAUUUUGCUUUAAUAUUCAAGAUUUGAUUAUUUCAUCUUUUAUCUGUUUUAAUGUAAAUUUAUGCAUUCCAAUAUUGUGAGAAUUGUUUGUCUUUUAUAAUCCCUUUUUUUUUUGUUGUUUGUUUUUUUCUGAUAGUUUCUAUAAUUUCUUCUAUAAAAUCUCUUUUAUUUAUGGUGAUAUUUUCAUAUUUUUUUUUGUUCUAAAACAAAGACUGUUAUAGUUAAUUAACACUGGUUUUUAAUUUGAAUAAGAAAACUAUUGUGCUUUGACAUAUACAAUAUUAAUAUAAUUGUAAUUAUUGUGUAUCAACAUUGGACCUAUUUUAAAAAUAUUAUUUACAUGCUAGCUUUAAAACAUUUGUACAGACAGGUAUUUAAUAUUAUAUGUAAUACUUUAAUAGCACCUUAUUAUAAAUAUGAUAUUGAAAACAUUAUAUAAAACACUUUAAAAAUUGAAAUCAUUAGCUAUAAAAUGAUGCACCAUACAUAUAGAUAUAUAAUUAUUUCUCAGUUUUGAACUAUUGAGAAUUUCUUGUAUAUAUAUAAAUUUUAUUCUUAUAAAAUACAUCUGGAUAUUCUUUUUAUAAGUACAGGUAUUGCAAUUAAAAAAAAAAAUUGAUUUUAUUUUAAUUAUUGUUUUAAAAAUAAUAAUAUUUAUUAAUUCGUAUUAGGCCUUUAGCCUGUUACAUAAGGGUGUUCUAGUAACAUAACAUCAAAAAACUACAGUUUAUCAACACAAUAGGACUGGUAGAUAUACAACUCACUGAUAAAGAAACAUGUCCUCAAUAUGUGUAACUAAAUUAGACAAAAUUAGAUUAAAACGAUUAUAUACGAAACUUUUUUGCAAAAUUAUAUAGAUUAUAUAUAGUAGUAGUAUUAGCAGAAUGGAAAAAUUGAUAUAUCUUAUUUUCAUUCAAUAAAUUCUUUAGUUGGCUAAGACCCCCUUUAGAUCUUAAAUCUUGACCCUCCUUCACUUACAAUACAAAUGGAAUUUGGUCAAUAUUUCAUAACUUCUUAGACAACUACUUUAAGAAAAUUCGUAGAUUUUAUUAUUGACCAUAAUCAGUUCCUUAUUUAGUCUGAGUUGGAUGAAGAAUUUUUUAAUUACAAAAGGUAUAUUUGUUAACAUUUAACUAUUUAUAAGAGGGUAUUCCAGUAAUAAACUAUACCAUUGAGGUUUGUUCCGGUUAUACAUUUCUUCAAUAUCUUGUGACAAUGAAACUUUGAGUGAAUUUUGAAUUAAAUGAGAUUUUAGUAAUUCACUAAAUUCAGAUUUUUCUAGGAGAGGACCUAAAGAGACUCCAUAGAUAUUAACAAUACUUUUAAUUUGAUCCAUUCGUGAUCUUCUCUGUGAAACCUGGCAGGAUUUUUUAUAUAA